ACGCUCGGGGGUUGCCAGGGCAACGGGGACACAACAUGGCGGCUUGAUUGGAGAGGGAGGAAGGGAGGGGGAAAGGGAAGGAAAGGGGGCUCUGGCGCUUCGGAGGAGGCCCGCAAGGAGGCCUCCGUGGCCCCAAGGCCCUGAGGGACCCACGGAGGAUGCACAAUAAAGUAUAACACCAGUUGAUUGGAAAGGGCUCAGUUGGUCAUACUUCUGGCAGGAAAGAUGUUUAAUACAAAACAAUUGGUAAGAUUGGAGAGGGAACCUUUUCUGAUGUUCUGAAGGUCCAAAAUCUGAAAGACGGACGCUAUUAUGCAUGUAAACAAAUGAAACAACAUUUUGAAAGUCUUGACCAUGUGAACAAUCUGAGAGAAAUACAAGCCUUAAGGCGACUCAAUCCACACCCCAAUAUCCUUACACUGUGCGAAGUGAUUUUUGACAAGAAAUCUGGUGCUGUUGCGUUAAUAUGUGAACUUAUGGACAAGAACAUUUAUGAACUGAUCAAAGAGAGGAAAAAGCCAUUGCCUGAAAAGAGAAUAAUGAGUUACAUGUACCAGUUAUGCAAGUCUCUUGAUCACCUGCACAGGAAUGGAAUAUUUCACAGAGAUGUGAAACCAGAGAACAUAUUAAUAAAGCAGGACCUUCUCAAAUUAGGGGAUUUUGGAUCCUGUAGGAGUAUACAUUCCAAACAGCCGUAUACAGAAUACAUUUCUACACGCUGGUACAGGGCACCUGAAUGUCUUCUGACUGAUGGCUACUACAGUUACAAAAUGGACAUCUGGAGUGCUGGCUGUGUGUUUUAUGAAAUUGCAAGUUUCCACCCACUCUUUCCUGGAGCCAACGAAUUGGACCAGAUAUCAAAAAUCCAUGAUAUUAUAGGUACUCCUCCCAAGAAGAUCCUUAAUAAAUUUAAGCAGUCAAGAGUGAUGAGCUUUGAUUUUCCAAUCAGGAAAGGGAAAGGAAUCUCUCCAUUUAUGCCUAGUCUGUCCAAUAAGAGCCUAUCACUUAUGUAUGCCAUGAUACAGUAUGAUCCUGAUGAGAGAAUUUGUGCCCAUGAAGCAUUACAGCAUCCUUAUUUCAGAGAACUAAGGUUGGCAGAGAAACAAGCUUUGACUAUGCGCAGAAAAAUGAGAUUAGCAGAAAACCCAUUAGAAAGAGAGUCACUCAGCUUGCGCCGUAUUUCAAAGGAGGAUCAAAGGCAGAACUUUCUUAGGCAAAUCCAGGAGAAUCCACUGGGCUUCCAUCAUGGACUUUCCUAUGCAGUAGAGUUGCCAAAAGUGACAGUCCCUGCAGUAACCAGCUUGACUUCUUACUCUAAUCCUACAUUUCAGUCAGUUUUUACCCUCCCAGCAACCAACAGACAAGUCCAAGUGUUGCAGCCUAUAACAUAUUUUGGGACACAUUGCAAGUCUGAAAAACAGAAAGAAUUUAAAUCUCCUGUGAAACAGUACCAUUUGCCUGCUUUGGAAAGAAGAGGUGGAGGAUACUGAUGGACCAAGAAUCCCUUGUGCUCUCCAUAUUCUUAAAAAAGGUACAUCAAUGGCAGUAGUGCCUUAUAUCCUCAUAUGCUGCAUCAGAUGCUACAAUAAUCUGUUCCUUUGGGACUUAAAGCUUUUUUUUUAUUUUUAAAAAGGAGCCAAUUGUAAUAAGCACCAUUUUUGUAGUUCAGAAUGCAUUUUUUUGUUUGUUUUUAAAUCUCCCAGUAUACAAAACUUUGUUUUCUCUUAAGUGGAACACUGUACUGCAGAUUAGAAGUAUCUUGUUAUAAUUUUUUGUAUUAAAUGCUAUAUUGUUUUUAUUUAUGAUAUGUUAAAAUGGUAUCAGUAUUUUUUUUUAAACACUAUUAUAGCGGUGUAAUUGUACUCAGCCUUUGUUGCUAAAUUAUUUGGUAGUUUUGCAAUUUGAGUCUAUUUAUUAUCACCUAUGUUAUACUAUCCAGUUUGAAUGUAAUCUAGCAUAUAGAUUUUCUGCAGUUAUUUAUGUAAAUGAGCAGAUUAUUUCUGCAUGGAUUUCUCGUGGCACAGUUGAAUCAGUGUUGCUGUUGCUCUUGGACAUUUUCCUAUAUUAUGGACAUUUAAAGUACAAUUUGUCAUGCUUCAGUCAUUUGAAAUCACAUUGUGCUAGAAGAGCCAAUAAUAUCUGAAAGUAUCUUGAGCAGACAGACUUGUUUCCUCUAAAGAUAUGUUUUUAAAGUUGGCCUUCCAGAGUUAUUAGGAAAAGCGAAUGAUAAUCAUAAGAUUUUUUUUAAAAGGAUGAUUUUGAAAAGAAACCAUACUUCAACUCCAGUAAAAAGAAAAAUAUUGUGCAGUUCUUAAUUUCUACUAUACAAAUCAAGUUCUUACUGGAUCAAUUGUAAGAUACCACCUUCAUACACUGUUUCUUAUAUAUUAUCAAAAACUUGAAAGAGAAAACUUUCAAUAGAAUGAGACUCAUGAAUAUAAGAUCUUUCUACAAUCAAAAAAUGAAUAAAGCUGGAUGAGUUAGACAGGUGAUAUAAUAGCCAAAAUCUUACCUUAUACCUUGGAGACUUCAGAAGCAUAUUCUGUAGAAAGGUCGCAAACAUACUAAAGGGAGUAUGUCCAUGUAAAUAUCAUAGUACUCCCAGAUCCUAUAGUGUCUGCUUUUAACAUACCAUCACAGUUUGGACAAAGUAUGUACUCUGAAGACUGGGUAGAGAUUCCUUGGUAGAAGGAAGGAUGCAUCUCAAAGCCUGAAGCUAAAAUGAUUGACCAUGAAUUUGCAUUCAUUCCAAGUAUGAGCUGCCCCCACUUUCCCAUUUUCCACACUUGUACCCCAAGCUUUUUGUUAUUUAUUUACAAAGCAAUUCUACACAUACCUAAGUAGAAGUCAGUCCCAUUAGAUUCAAUGCAGUUUAUUCCCAGGAAACGGCAUAGGAUUACAGGUGUAAAACGUGGUCUUUUUUAUUUCAUUACCAAAUUAUAUGUCAUGAUUUGGUACAACUGUUUAUGAAGACUUGAGACAUUGCCUGCCAAAGCAAGUUCAUGAACAUGAACACAGGUUACAUCUGAUGUAAACUCACCUAUCAUCAGACCUCUUCUGCAAAAACUCCAAAGCCUUCUAUUUAAGUAAGAUGUAAUCAAGUCAAAUGUGGUCAGAUAGGACAAUGACUACAGUAGGUUGGGUCCAGACUUCAUUCCUGCCACCAGAAUGCUGGGUGGAGAUAACUGCUGCUACCUGGGGACUAUUUUAGAGCCAGUGGUUGGUGCAAAUAGCUGCAGAGGAACUGAGUGGGCGGAAACAGCUAAAGUUGGUGUACAUCCCCCCACCCACCCACAAAAAACAGCUGAGGGGUUCAUAUACCUUCUGUGGACAAAAAGAGCCUUUGCAGAACACAGAGCCUGAAUUUGAGUUAGUUUGCUGCAAGCUGAAAUAUUCCCUGUAAUUUUUUUUUUCAUUUGCAUCUUAGUUGGCUUAUGUAGAGCAAACUGUCUCAAAAGUGCAAACCUAUUAAAAUGAUCUUGAAUGCAA